GAGAUUAUGGGAAAUGUAGGCCUAUUGCAGGAAACGAGAUGACCAGACACGGGCCUGGCUGUAGCAUUAAAAUACCUCUUAAUUCAAGGUAACUUCCUAGUGUACACAUAGGCAACUUUUGACAACUUUUAGUGUAGUACUAGAGCAAUCGUCGACAUUUCCGACAGCACUUAAAGGCAGCAGAGGGGCUGAGAGUCUGGACUCAAACUCACAAAAGCUCCUUUGUCAUUUUUUUUCUUACUCCUCGAUAUUCCUUUUUCAUCUUUUCUUGUUCAUUACUGUGAGAUGGGCCACAAAACUAACACAAUAGCCUGAUAAACAAACGGACUCACGUCAUAUUUGUCAGAUAUAAGUUAUUCUUAAAAGACAAAGUUAGCUUCCAAAAUUUUACUUUUUGUGUUGAGCGAAAAAACUCGAUUUCAUAUUUCGCUAUGUUUGUACUUAACUUAGUACUUGAACGUAACCAAUGGUUUAGUCUUGUUAGGCAACUUGUAAAGGCUCGUCUGUUACGCAUUUGUUAAAUAAUAAUUAGAUUUAUUCGAUUAAACAGGACGGGAAAGUUUUUUUUGGAGCAGGGAAAUCCUUCAGUUUCCAUUAGCAGGAGAAGGGCGACGAGGAGGGGGGAGGCUGGACAUUCUUCUCAUACUGCAGAGCAGGCAGGGGGGAGCUUCCUACCACUACUCCUGUACCGCUUCUUUUUUACGGUUAAACAUGAAAUUUACAGGAAAGGACGAAGACUUUGUGGACGCGAACAAGCUCCUUCUCCCGAAAUAGGAAUUAAAAAUCGCGGCGAGACCCACCAUUGACCGGCGGCAGCCAGUUUUAUUUUUGUAAAGGGAGGUUUUCUGCAGCCCGAGGAACCGCUUCAGUCCCCCAGGAAAGAGAAGAAUAACAAAAAGUGAUGUUUCGCAGAGUUGGAGGAACGGGAAAGUAAACGGAAGAAACUCCAAUGAAAGAUGAUUCACAGCUGCCAGGGCUAAGUGAUCUUCAUGCAACAUCUCUCCAUGUCUCUCCACCACCUCCAUCUCUGCCCAGAUUUAUAGAAACGCUGACCAGUGCCUCUACAUCUUGGAGAUCCUUGAUGACCUGCUGAGCCUGCAGGGAGGCCAGAACUAGGUGUUAAGCUACCGGCCACCACCAGGCAACCACCACCUAACACUGGUCCAACUCCACCACAACAACAACAUCAGCCCUAUCUUUGUGCUUUCCCUCAGCGAGCCCCACCUGGGUCUCCCGGUGGUCCUGCCGCAGCAUCAAAACAUGAGCAGCUGUUGCCACUGACGCCGCCAGGAGAGCACAGUGAGAGCAACCAUACAGAUGUUUCGGAAAAAAGCAUCUUCCUCCUUGAGAAUGAGAAGAAUAACAGAAAACGCUAGAUGGAGUAUUGACCGUGGGCGAAGCUUGUCUUUCCAUGAGGUGCGUGGCCAGUGUGAGGCAGAGAUGAGGGCCGCAGCCGAGGAGUCGUCCACCAGCAGCAACAGUGUAGGAGGUGUCGGCAGCACCGUCCUGCAGCGCCUCCUGCAGGAGAAAAUGAACCGUAAUUAUGUGCUCCAACAGCAGCAACAACAACAAGGAAGUGGAGGGGGUUUUUCAGGGCAGGGGCAUAUAUGCCCCUCUGAUGAUCACUCCAUGACCCCCCACAUUGCCCGGCAGGAGCCCCAGGGACAGGAGCUGCAGACGGACAAUGGCCUGGAGAAGCUGGGCUCCACCAGAGUAGGAGGAGGGGGAGGAGGCAGUGGAGGGGGAGGAGGUUUAGGGACUGGAGGUGCAGGAGGAGGCAACACUGGAGGUGGUGGGAGCAGCCAAGGGCAGUGUCCAAACCCCGAGGACCUCCCUACGUACGAAGAAGCCAAAGUGCAGUCACAAUACUUCCGUGGCCAUGGUCCUCCUCCUCAGGCUCAGCAGCAGAACAGCCAGCCCCAGCAGCCUCCUCUCCCUGGUUCAGUGGGCACCGCCUUCUACGUUACUGGGGUAACCAGCGCCAAGGUGCGCACUGAGGGUCGCCCCACGGUGCAGCGAGUGAGCGGCACAGGGAGGGUGCACCAGGAUGAUGGUCUAAAGGAUCUGAAGCAAGGACACGUUCGCUCUCUCAGCGAACGACUUAUGCAGCUGUCUCUGGCCACCAGUGGCGUGAAGGCCCAUGCUCCUGUCACCAGCGCCCCACUCUCCCCCCAACUGCCCCCACCAGGGCCACCGGGCGACUACUACAAGUCGCAGCACCGGGGCCCGCCUCCAGACUACCCAUUCAAAGGACUGAGCUCGCCUACCAAGCAACAGGAGCCUGGAGACCAUUUUUACCAGGAGCAGAGAGGGAGGGAGCUCUCAAGGGAGGUGCCCCAUGUCCGAUACCAGCCCCCACCCGAGUAUGGCUCGUUCAGGUCCAGUAAGGAGGGUUCGGUCCACUUCCAGAGGCCCCUUCAUCAGCACAGUCCCACCUCCUCUGUCACCUCCAUGGGAUCCUUGUCCCGCACCCAGUCCUCAACCCUAAGCAGCAUGCUCAGUGUCUCCCAUCCGUCCUUCCCUCACCAGCACCCACAGAGUCAGGGUGAGUCCUUUCCUAGCAUGGGGCCCCGCAGUACGCAGGGUCCCUACCAGCCAGGGGCACCCUUCACCCUGGGGCCUAUUCACCCACCACCAAGAGGUCACAUUUUCCCUCAUGACCCCUAUGGCUCCACUUCAAGGAUGCACCAUCAGCAGCACCAUCAGUAUCAACAACAACAGCAGCAGCAGCAGCAGUUCCAAGAACCUCCCCAGCCCCAACCGCCAGUACAGGCUGGACAUUUUCCCCAUCCGCACUCCUACUCCCACCUGCAGGGGGAGCCUUUUGCUAUGAUGGUGCGCGCGAACCAGAUGGUGGAUGUGCUAACGGAGGAGAACAGGAUGCUAAGGCAGGAGAUGGAGGCUUGCCGCGAGAAAGUCACCAAGUUGCACAAGUUGGAAACAGAGAUCCAGCUGGUGUCAGAGGCAUAUGAAAACCUCGCCAAGUCCUCCUCCAAGAGGGAGGCCCUGGAGAAAACCAUGAGGAACAAGCUGGAGCUGGAGGUGCGCCGGCUGCACGACUUUAACAGGGAUCUCCGAGAACGCAUGGAGACGGCCAAUAAGCAGCUAGCUGCUAAAGAGUGUGAUGGCUCAGAGGACAACCGCAAAACCAUCUCCCAGCUGCUUGCACAGAACAAAGAGACGCUCCGUGAGAAAGAGAAGCUGGAGAUGGAGUUUAACACGCUGCGCUCCACCACAGAGGACCAAAGGAGACACAUCGAGAUCAGAGACCAGGCGCUCAAUAACGCCCAGGCCAAAGUGGUCAAGCUGGAAGAGGAGCUGAAGAAGAAGCAGGUUUACGUUGAGAAGGUGGAGAGGAUGCAGCAGGCUCUAGCUCAGCUUCAGGCAGCCUGUGAGAAGAGAGAACAACUCGAGCAUAGACUCCGUACUAGACUGGAGAGAGAGCUGGAGUCGCUACGCAUGCAACAGCGUCAGGGAGGCACUCAAAGCAGUGGUGCAGUCCCAUCAGAGUACAACGCCACAGUGCUGAUGGAGCACCUGAGGGAGAAGGAGGAGCGGAUCCUGGCUCUGGAGGCCGACAUGACCAAAUGGGAGCAGAAGUAUUUGGAGGAGAGUGUGAUGAGGCAAUUUGCCCUGGAUGCCGCUGCCUCUGUCGCCACUCAGAGGGAUACAUCUGCAGCAGUGAUAAGCCAUUCUCCCAGCAGCAGCUAUGACACGUCAGUGGAGGCUCGAAUUCAGAAGGAAGAAGAGGAAAUUCUCAUGGCCAAUCGGCGCUGUCUGGACAUGGAAAGCAGGAUAAAGAAUCUCCAUGCCCAGAUCAUAGAGAAAGACGCUAUGAUCAAGGUGCUUCACCAGCGCUCCAGGAAGGAGCCCAUCAAGCCCGAUGCGCCAUCUGCUAUGAGGCCCUCCAAGUCACUUAUGUCUAUUUCCAACACUGGCUCCAGCGGUUCAGGACUACUCUCUCACAGCCUGGGCCUCAGUAGCUCGCCCAUCACCGAAGAACGCAAGGACACCAGCUGGAAGGGCAGCCUGGGGGUUCUACUGGGUUCCGAGUUUCGCACAGAGUCUCUCAGAACAGAGUCAAUCUCAUCAUCCCCCUCACCGGUGCUUCCUUCCACCCCAAUGACCACAGGCCACUCAAAGACAGGCAGCAGGGACAGCUGCACACAGACUGAGAAGGGACAGAGUCAGGACACCAGCAAACCCAGCACUCCAGCCCUGCAGAGCAUGACGCUGCCCGCUCGCCUGUCCAGCCCCAGCCCAGUCUACAUUCCGGACCGCAUAGCAGAUGUGCCAAUUUUUCACAGCAGCACCCUGGAGCGGAGGCUUCCCGUCCAGUCCCACCCACAGCAACAGGCCCCUCCUCCAGCCCACCCAACCCAACAGGACGUGGACAAUGACAUGGUGGAGAUCCUCAUCUGACCCCAUGACCUCUGGAAAAAACAUCAUUCAAACAAGUGAUAGGAGGGUAGCUCCAUAAGACAAACACAGCGACAAUUAUCCAGGCUCAUCCUCAACCUGCAGCUCUGUCUGUGUUUAACUGAUCCACACUAAGAGACAUAUUCAUACACUUAUGUUUACAUGUGCAUUCACUUUAAGCCUGACUGGAGUUUUUACACAUUUCCUUCAUUCCUUCCAGUAAAGGAAUGGAGGAAAUGUGUUAACUGUUUAUCAUCAUCUAAGGAAAACCCAGAAAUCAGAAGAUAAAAGCAGAGGUCUCAUCUCAGCUUUGGCAGUUUCCUAAAUGCAUUUGUUAAUAUGAAGUGGAGCUUUAACAUUUUAAAGUUCAUUGUCUCAUAUUUAUUUUUUUGAUGCAACUUUGUAAGACGCUUUUGGCGCUUUUUCGUUCACAGUGAUGGUUAAAUGGAAGUUAUCAAUCAUGAGGUUAGACAUAAUCUUUUUUAUCUUUCUGUGUAUGCUCAUAAAGUAGACAGUUAACAUUGAGUGGGCAAACCUUAAAGCUAAAAUCGUCCUGUUAAAAUUCAAUACAUGGAGCAUACAUAUCACACACGUAUAGUUUUAUUUUCAACUUUUUAAGUUGAGGUGAAGGAUUUCUCUUUUUGUCACUGUUGUAUGACAGCUUUGUUUAAAUGCACUACUUUUUGACCAGGUGGCACAUUAGUUACUGCAGCACCAAUGGCAUAACAGCACAUUUGGGAAUGUUUGUGAAGCUCAGCAUUUGCCUUUUUCGUCCUUUUCUACAUUCAAGCAAAUUAUUAAUGAUGAAAAAAACCUGCUCUUGCUACAAGGGUUUAGCUGUAAGAGGAAGCAGCUUGUUACUUAGACAUGUCAUAGAGAUCUGUAAACUCCCAUAGUGUUGGUUGGACCAAAUGUAUUGGCUACAUUUUUGUUGCAUUUAUUGCACUACUUAUUUUUUAAGAGUGUGUGUUUCUUUGCUAUAUUACUUUAAAAUGGUAUUAAUUAGGUAUUAUAUUUGUAAAAAAAAAUAUAUAGUUAGAUUUCCAGAGCAAAUGAAUUAGUCAGAUAGAUGUUGUCUUUUUAAUAGACUUGUUUUGUUCCAUGUUUUGUGCAAAGUACCUGGGCUACUAGUACCAGGAUUUGGCUUUUAGUGUUUGCGAACCUUUGUGGCAUGUUGACUUCAGGCACACAAAGCUCCCUGAGUAAAACUGCUAAAUCUGAUGAGCUUUCCUUUUUUGUUAUCGAAUUGUCCUAAAAUGUGUCUUUUUAUGCCUGUGCUGGAAGAUGGAGUGAGCACAGUUUGUUAUAUGUACUGCCAUGUUACAGACUGUUAUAUUUACUGUAAUGUGACUGGCAGUAAAUAUAACAGUGACAUCUGCUUUUAAUAGCAACAAAUGUACAUUUUCCUGACAGAGAUGCAUUUGAAAAUACUCUUGGAAGAACUAAAAAAACUGAGAUUGUGUGCUUAUUCUGAAAAAAUAUAUAUUUAAUUUGAUUGGCAGAAAAGGGUUCAACAAUUUCAAAAAUAGGAUAAUUCUAGCAAACUUACUUCUUGAAGCCUUGGCCACCUAAAUUCUGCUGCAUAGGUCAUAGCAUGCACAGUCCUCACAAGUGAUUUUUGAAACAUCAUGCAUGUUGCACUAGAUCCAAACAGGCUAACGGCUGAUUGUGAGGGUAUCAUGAAGAACCUUUUUUUCUGUUUUUAGAAACAUGGUGCCCACUACAUGACUGUGUUGGGCCUCAGCCACAAGAGGGGAGUGAGAGUCUGACAGUAUGGUUGGCUGCCUCCAUGACCCCACUGGUCAAUCUAAUAGCAGAGGCUCUUAAAGUCUUUCAGCAUUUCACCUCCCAUGCUUAAAGAAGAAGAUGGAGGGGAUUUAUCUUUUACUAUGAUGCACAUGUCAUAAAAUUGACAUAUGCACACUGUAUUGUGAAUAUUUAAAAUUGCAGGCAUUUGUAUUAUCGUACCAUCAGUAACAGUCAGAUGACUUGUUACUCAAAUCAAACAAUGAAAAGUAUUUGCAGGCACCAUUUAA